AUGAAGCAAAAACAAGUGCUGAAGCGAUUUCUGGUGUCCAUCAGAAUAUUGUGUGUCUUUUACGGAAUCAUUUCAGACUGUGAUGAGGUGUUCAACUACUGGGAGCCGUUGAACUUCAUGGUGAGAGGCUUUGGAAAACAGACAUGGGAAUACUCGCCUAUAUAUGCUAUCCGAUCAUGGGCGUUCUUGAUGCCAUUGAAUGUGCUAUUGAUCCCUCUGGACUUUUUGCGAGCUCAAUUUCAAUUUCCAGUGUAUUUCGAGUUCUAUGUUGCUAGGUUGGCUAUUGCAGCGGCGUCUCUGCUUGGAGAACUGGCUUUGUACGAGUCCGUUUACUCUUGUCUCAACCACGAUAUUGCAAAUUGGUUUUUGUUAUUUUCCACAGUGGCUCCUGGCAUGUCUCAUGCCUCGAUUGCAUUUUUGCCUUCGAGUUUUGCCAUGAUCUGUGAGAUGUUUGCCAUAUCAAGUUCCAUACGAUGCUUUAGGGAAAGCUCGACAAGCAAAAAGGCGUGGUCAUUUGCCAAAGUGGUGAUCUGGACUAGUUUGGGAGGUUUAUUGGGUUGGCCUUUCUCACUUGUUUUGGCAAUUCCGUUCGCAGUUGGUGUUGCGCUCCAAUUUGGCGUGCUUGUCGCUGCGAAGAACUUGAUUCUGCCAUCACUUGCAGUCUUGCCUCUGGCCCUAGGUCUGGUUCUUUUCGAGUCUGUUUUCUACGGAAAGUACGAGUUCGUUCCUUUGAACAUUGUUCUAUACAACGUGGUCAAUUCCAGCGAAACAAGUGGCCCAAACAUCUUUGGGACUGAACCCUUGAGCUACUACGUCUUGAACUUGCUUUUGAAUUUCAACAUUAUUGCGGUUCUUGCGUAUGUUGGAUGUGUGAUGUCUCCGUUGAUAGAAUGGGUUGUCCUGGGAGACAUCAAUGUAUUAAGCAUAGUCACCAACGCGAAUCUUCCUGUGCUGAUAUGGUCCCUUAUUUUCUUUGCCCAACCACAUAAGGAGGAGAGAUUUUUGUAUCCGAUAUAUCCCAUGAUCUCGUUAUCUGCGGCAAUCUUAGCCGGGCAGUUAUUCAAGAUCGUGAGAUUGUUGACUGGAAAACAUAUUGCUCGCCUUUCGGUUACCCUCUUUGCCAUUGUGGUGUCGUUCGUGUCCGUUUUGAGAAUCACAUCUUUGAUGCAUAACUACCGGGCUCCGUUGGCAGUUUAUGCUGCCCUGCCACAGACUAAUGAGACAUUGAAUGUUUGUGUGGGGAGGGAGUGGUACCAUUACCCAUCAUCGUUCUUUCUGCCGGACAAUGCUAGGCUCAAGUUUGUGCCUUCAGGAUUUAGAGGCUUACUUCCUGAUGACUUCCAUGAGCCCGAAAAAAAUGCCUUUUUCGAUAAAGUGGAUUCCCUGAUUUCAUCUACAAAUGUCUUCAACAAUGAGAAUCUUUAUAUGGAAGACAAGGUGCUGCCAGUUGCUGGUUUCCAGGAUGCUUGUGACUACUACGUGGACGUCAAUAUACCAGUAGAUGCAGAUAUGGAUGAGGUCAAUGUGGCCAAGCUGGAUGGAUGGGAAUCGGUACUUUGUCAUAACAUCAUAGACCCGGACGAGAGCAAAGGCGUGGGUCGUUUACUCUACAUUCCGUCCCGAUUCCAUGACCUUACGCGGACAAAGAUGGUGUACCAUGACUACUGUCUUUUUCGUAAAACAAAAUGA